AUGCGAUACCUUGCUGCCUACCUUUUGGCUCAAAUGGGUGGAACUAGUCGUCCACAAGAAGACGAUAUUAAAACCAUCCUAUGUUCUGUCGGCGUUGAAUAUGAAAAUGAGCGCGUAAAAAAGCUCAUUCAAGAUAUGCACGGCAAGAACAUAAACGAGCUUAUGGCUGAGGGCCGAGCAAAGAUGUCUAGCCUCUCCUUCGGUGCUGCUCCCGCUGCCGCAGCUCCAGCCGGCAAUGCCCCAGCUGCUGCUGCUUCUGAAGCUCCUAAGGGUGAUGACAAGGCCGCUCCAGCGAAGGAGGAAAAGAAGGAGGAGAGUGAAGAAUCCGAUGCUGAUAUGGGCUUCGGCUUGUUUGACUAA